AUGGCGAGGAAGAAGGCCAAGUUGGUACGAAUCGCAAACGACUCCACGCGGCGCGCCACCUUCAAGAAGAGGAAGAACGGCUUGCUGAAGAAGGUUAGCGAGCUCGCUACCCUCUGCAAUGUCAGCACCUGCAUGAUCAUCUACACUCCCGAGGAGGCCGCGAUGCAGCCCGAGGCAUGGCCCUCUCCGCCAGAGGCCGCGCGCAUCGUAGUGCAGUUCCGGAAUAUCCCGUUGGUAGAACAGCGGCAGAAGAUGCUUAGCCAGGAGAGCUUCCUCAGCCAGCGCAUCGCCAAGCUCGAGGACCAACUUCGACGGGCGGAGCGCAAGAACCGCGAGCUCUCCGUGAGCCUGCUGGUGAACGAGGCACUAGCCAGCGGCAGAUUGCCGGUCGUCGGCAUAGAUGAUGCCGCGGCCGUCGCCCGGGCGGCGGACUCGAUGUUGAAGGAGGUGCGAGAGCGGAUUAACAAGGAGGCGGCAUGGUAG